GUCUCUCCCCUCCCCCACGCCCGCGGCGGCGGCGGCGGCGGAGGCGGUGGCGGCUGGAGCCCGGAUGCGGCGCCGUGAGACAGGCCCGGGAGGGAGAGCAGCGCGGAUGGAUCCAACAUGGCGGCGCCGAUCCUGAGCCGAGAGAAGAGACCUGGGAAAUUAAAUUUCUUGAAAAGGACAUUGGAGAUUGCAGCCGCCGAGCAGAGAUUCUGGAAAGCACUCUGUCCCUGAGCCUCUAGCAUGGCGGGCCUGAAGCGGAGGGCAAGCCAGGUGUGGCCGGAAGAGCACGGUGAGCAGGAACAUGGGCUGUACAGCCUCCACCGUAUGUUUGACAUCGUGGGCACCCACCUAACGCACAGAGAUGUUCGCGUGCUUUCUUUCCUCUUUGUUGAUGUUAUUGAUGACCAUGAGCGUGGACUCAUCCGAAAUGGACGUGACUUCUUAUUGGCACUAGAGCGCCAGGGCCGCUGUGACGAGAGUAACUUUCGCCAGGUGCUGCAGCUGCUGCGCAUCAUCACUCGCCAUGACUUGCUGCCCUACGUUACUCUCAAGAAGAGACGGGCUGUGUGCCCUGAUCUUGUAGACAAGUAUCUGGAGGAAACAUCAAUUCGCUAUGUGACCCCCAGAGCCCUCAGUGAUCCAGAACCGAGGCCUCCUCAGCCCUCUAAAACAGUGCCUCCCCACUAUCCUGUGGUGUGCUGCCCCACUUCAGGUUCUCAGAUGUGUAGUAAGCGGCCAGCCCGAGGGAGAGCCACACUUGGGAGCCAGCGAAAACGCCGGAAGUCAGUGACACCAGAUCCCAAGGAAAAGCAGACAUGUGACAUCAGGCUUCGAGUUCGGGCGGAAUACUGCCAGCAUGAGACUGCUCUGCAAGGCAAUGUCUUCUCCAAUAAGCAGGACCCACUUGAGCGCCAGUUUGAGCGCUUUAACCAGGCCAACACUAUCCUCAAGUCCCGGGACCUGGGCUCAAUCAUCUGUGACAUCAAGUUCUCUGAGCUCACCUACCUCGACGCAUUCUGGCGCGACUACAUCAAUGGCUCAUUAUUAGAGGCACUGAAAGGUGUCUUCAUCACAGACUCUCUCAAGCAAGCUGUGGGCCAUGAAGCCAUCAAGCUGCUGGUGAACGUGGAUGAGGAGGACUAUGAGCUGGGCCGACAGAAACUCCUGAGGAACUUGAUGCUGCAAGCAUUGCCCUGACCUUUCCCCCUUCUCACCUCUCUGGGGAUUGUUCGCUCCAUCACCUCUGGAGCUUACAUACUGUUCUGGGGUUUGUUCUCUACCCUUCAAAACCAAUCACACCGCCUUUUUUUUUUUUUUUUUUUUUUAAAGGAAAAGACAAAGGAAAGUGGAAGUGGUGUUCCCUAUCCCUCCCUGCACCCAUGUGCCUGGGCUUCCCCUCUGUUUCCUGUUGCCACUUACCCCUAAUGUGUGUCUCUACAGCCACCUUACCACUGAGCCGUAAGACAAGUGUAUAGGGAUGGAGUCUAUGGAACAUAGCCUUUGUAAGGGACUGAACAUUGCUUUCAGGUGCAUUGAGGGGUAAUCAAUACUUAUGGCUUUAUGAGGGCUCUUAUGUCUGAAAAACCAAAGGGCUGUGAGUAAAGGAGCUAUGUGGAAGGUGGGACUCUGAAGUGUAUUUUGGAAAUUAAUUGCCACCUUCUUCCAAAUUAUAGAAUUUUUUAAAAACAAAGAAGCUGUGGCCCUCUCCACUCUCUCCUGGCCUCUGGUGCUGCUCCUCUCUGCCUUUCCUUCAUUCCACAGCUUGAAACUGCUGCCUGGUGUGGCUCCCCCCCUUUAUCAGAUCCUCCCCAACGUAGUUAAGAUGAUUGGGCCAGCCUCAUAACUCCUCCCAGCUGUGAUGUAUGUGUGGAUGGACAGAGGAGAGGCUGCUGAUUAAAGUACAAUUUCCUUGAAAAGGGGAAGGAGGGGGGAGUGGAUGUGUCCCUUCUAUUUCUAGUGAAAAUAACAAACUUUUACCCUACCCCAAGUCCCUUUCCCCUUGCUUCCUUCUGGCUUGAGAGAGAGUAUUCAGAAUCAACUCCUUCUCCUACGGAGAUUGGGGCUAGGACAUGCACUGAGCCUUAUUGCACUUUCUUAGGCAGGGAGGUAUGUUUGAGCCAGGAGGCCUACAAGUGGAGCCUAUCUGAGCAGGUACCAUACCACCUCCCCUUCCAGUCCCCAAAGGAGAUGCCCAGACAGACAUUAUGAUUAUUAUAUUUUUUUUCAAUGCCAGUGCUGCUCAGCCCUCGGCAUAACUUCAGUUUUCAUGAAAUAAACACUGACUAUAUAAAAUUUUACUUUUCUGAAACUGAAA